UGGUUCUAUUUGCAGGGUUCGAUGAUCGCCGGCUACGAUAAACGAGGUCCUGCAAUUUUCAGGGUUGACAGUGAGGGGCAGCGUGUCCAGUUACGGCUCUGCAGUAUUGGUUCUGGCUCGUUGAGUGCCUAUGGUAUUCUGGACAAUUUUUAUGAACCGAAAAUGACGGACGAGGAGGCGCAGAAGUUGGGAAGACGGGCAAUAAUGCAUGCUACAUACCGUGACACAGGUUCCGGCGGCGUCUGCAACUUGGUGCACAUCACGGCAAAAGAGAAGAUCCGUUUUCCGCCGCUCGACGUCUCACAGCUUUACUACGAGUUCGCAGAUGAACUGGGACGUGACAUCACUUAUGAACCCAAUCUCGAAAGUUAA